UCAUUACGUUUCGGAGCAAUCCGGGAGAAUCAAUGACGACGACAGCCACAUUCGCAACGAUCAAGCACCAAACCAACUGCUAACGAACGGAGCGUUAUCUGUGUUUUAAUUGAGUCUAUUUCUACACUACUUUCAAUGUCAUCAUAUACUGAGUCAAGUUGAGAAAAGUCAGCAAAAACAAAAACGGAAUCGGUCUUAUCAGUCGUUGUCGUCGACGUCGCAAGCAGAUGCAUAUAGACGGUGCAGAUUUAGGAUCUUCCCGGAUAACCCAUCGGCAGGGCUUAGUUGAGAGUCGGAAACCGCGUGAAACGGUGAUUUGAAUAUCUAGUUCACAUGUUUAUCGUUACCGGUGCGGUAGAGGCAAACUUGUCCCUUUAGGGGUUUCGUAUGCGUCAGUGAAUUUCAUAAUUGUCUCCCCCUCACAUUUCAGAGGGCGAGAUAAGAAGCCAAAUUAUGGGGCUUCCGAGCCGCGGGAAGCAGGAAGACUGGUUUGAUCAGUGUUGAAUUUUUUGUGUGAACAUAAAGCAAUCAACAGUGAUAACUACGCUAAGAUGAGACAUUGGAUUUGGGAUGGAAGAGGGAUACACGUACUAAGCUGAGCCAUGGAAACGAAAUCUUUUGACAAUAAGCUUCUUGAGAGCUAGAAGAGCGCAAGUGAAGAUUAAGGUAUCGCUGUCAAGAAGAAUUUGUCGAUUGCAGCUGAAUGGAUGGAUCGACUAGACGAUCAGUCUAAGCAAAGUGCAUUAAGUGCCGGUCGAUCGAGUGGUAUGGUGUGCGACUUCCGCCGGAACAAUGUAUGGAAAGUGUAAUUGAUCCCGAAAAUUGUCGUGUGUGUGUUCAAGGCCAACGUGCUGGUAGUGAAAGUAGAUAAAGAACGUCCGUGUCUUGGCGUUUGGAAGGAUAUAGUGCAAAGGGGCUACAAUAUGGCCGAUCCAACGAUACAGACAUUCUGUUGCCACAAUCGAAUACGAUCGCCACCGGCAGUGAAGCUCAUGUCCGAGUUCAACACCGACGGGUACAUUGUGGUUUGCAUAGUGUCGUCGGUGUUGGGGAUAGCCGGUGCAAUAUACCAGAUUUGGAUCCGCGACGAAGACCUACCCAAUGCCCAGUACGGGCGACGUCGUCGACCGGGUUCCUCCUCCCUGUCUAACUACAGCACCGGACGCAGUAUUAUAGUGUGGCUAGCGGUGGCCGAUCUUUGCGCUUCGCUCGGUGUUUUUUUACGGUCGGCCUUGUGGAAGUACAUCCAGAAUGUGAUUCCACCGGAUAGCGACGAUGACGACACCACCAACGUUAUCUUCUGUGCCGUUUCGUCAGCGUGGAUUCAGUAUUUCUACAUGUGCACGUGGCUCUGGACGCUGUGCUAUGCGAUCAACGUGCGAAGGCAGCUGGCCGGCAUGGGAGUGGCACUGCGCACCUAUCAUCUGUACGUGUGGAGCAUAUCGGCGGUGCUUACGGCCUCCGGACUGACGGUGCUAUACGUUCCAGAUGCUGAUUGCCACAACGUGCACGACGUCGGUAGUGCCUAUUUGCGGAUACUGCCCAACUACCUCACCACAUAUGGGCCGAUGAUCGCCGUGAUGGUGGCCAAUCCGGUUCUGUACUUUACGGCCUCGAAACAGGUCGACCGACAGCUGGUGGCGCGCUUCAGCCAGAUGACAUCGACCGAGCGCGAUCUCAUGACCAAGUUCAAGAUGAAGUUCUCUCUAAUCAACUUUGUGUUUUACGUGUGCUGGUUACCGAAUCUGAUCAACGGUAUCAUCCUGUGGACCAUGUGGUUCUCGUUACCCUUCCAAACGAUUGUCACCGUUUGGUAUAUAAUGGCUAUAACAAAUCCACUCCAGGCAUUUUUGAACACACUUGUGUACCAGAGGUGGAACUGUGGCUGGCGGUUACGGCGGCAUGAAGAUAAUGCUGAAGCUCAAAAUAGGCGUCGUAAUCGCCACUCUCAUGGAGCAUCAGAAGCAACACCACUGCUUCAAUCACAGAUCUUCAAACCCGAAUCACCUUCCACUUCGCAUGUCCUACUACAAGAAUCGCCCAUCGGUCUAAAUCCCAACCCAACGCGAAGCAUCAACUCCUGUACGUUGGUUUAGCUAGACUUGCAACUUUGUUAACACACAAACUAGUGUUUAAGGUACUGCAUACUUUUCAUAAUGUUUAGACUCUACUUAUUUAUAUGACAACUAUUGUGAGGUUUUCUUUUUUGUUCCAUCCACAUAAACGACAGUUUGAACAGCUGUUAUAUCUUA